AUGUCGACUACCGAGGUUACGGCGAGUUCUCCUGCGACGAAGAGUCACGAGGAAGUUUGGUUCGAUGAAUCGCCUACUUCCAGUACUACGACUUCUAGCACGUGGACCACUACUGAAGAGGCGACCACGUCCUCAUCAACCACAACUACUCUUUCGUCCUCUACAACUCCGACUACCGAGGUUUCUGCGACUUCUACGACGACGGAGAGUCUCGAGGAAACUAGGGUCGAUGAACUGUCUCCUUCUAGUACAACGGCACCUACUGCAUCGACCACUACUGGAAACGCAACUAUGUCGUCAACGACUAUAGCUACUCUGUCCUCCUCCACAACCUUGCCUACCGAGGCUAUUGCGACUCCUACUACGACGGAGGGUCUUGAGGAAGUUUGGGUCGAGGAAUUGUCUCCUUCCACUACUACGACAUCUGCUACGCCGAGCACUACUGAAGGAGCGACCACGUCCUCGACAACCACAACUACUCUGUCCUCCCCUAAAACUCCGACUACCGAGGUUCCUGCGACGGAGAGUCUCGCGGAAGUCUGGGUCGAUGAAUUGUCCCUUCCCA